CACUCAGUCCUCACUUUUAGAACGCUUUCCAGAAGUGAUGGAAAGGGGUGGGCAGGACGACUAAAUAUAGUCCUGGGGCCAAGACAGUCUGGGAGGGUCUGUCUGCGAUUCACUCCGUGCCCUCAGCGGUGGGGUCCACUGCUAGCCGCACCGGUGAGCCCCGGUCUGUGCUCUGUGCUUGCUGUUUGCCCUUUGCCUGUUUUCAGACACAGCUCUGACCCGGCUAAGUUUGGCCCUGACCUUGAGUGGGCCUCCCGGGAGUCUCUUUUUGCCCAAGAUCUCCAACCAGACCUGACCGUCAUGUCGGCGGCGCCCGGCCUGCUGCACCAGGAGCUCUCCUGCCCGCUGUGCCUGCAGCUGUUCGACGCGCCGGUGACUGCCGAGUGCGGCCACAGCUUCUGCCGCGCCUGCCUGAGCCGCGUGGCGGGCGAGCCGGCGGCGGACGGCUCGGUGCCCUGCCCGUGCUGCCAGGCGCUCACGCGGCCGCACGCGCUCCGCACCAACCUGCAGCUGGCGCGCCUGGUGGAGGGGCUGGCGCAGGUGCCGCAGGGCCACUGCGAGGAGCACCUCGACCCGCUGAGCGUCUACUGCGAGCAGGACCGCGCGCUCGUGUGCGGCGUGUGCGCCUCGCUCGGGUCGCACCGCGGCCACCGCCUGCUGCCCGCCGCCGAGGCCCACGCGCGCCUCAAGACGCAGCUGCCCCAGCAGAAGCUGCAGCUGCAGGAGGCGUGUAUGCGCAAGGAGAAGAGCGCGGCUGUGCUGGAGCACCAGCUGCUGGAGGUGGAGGAGACGGUGCGUCAGUUCCGGGGGGCGGUCGGGGAUCAGCUGGGCAAGAUGCGGGUGUUCCUGGCGGCGCUGGAGGGCUCCUUGGAUCGGGAGGCAGAGCGUGUGCGGAGUGAGGCGGGGGUCGCCUUGAGACGAGAGCUGGGCAGCCUGAACUCUUACCUGGAGCAGCUGCGGCAGAUGGAGAAAGUCCUGGAGGAGGUGGCUGACAAGCCACAGACGGAGUUCCUCAUGAAAUACUGUCUGGUGACCAGCAGGCUACAGAAGAUCCUGGCAGAAUCACCACCGCCUGCCCGGCUGGAUAUCCAGUUGCCUGUCAUCUCAGAUGACUUCAAAUUCCAGGUGUGGAGGAAGAUGUUCCGGGCGCUGAUGCCAGUGACCAAGGACCUGACCUUUGACCCGAGCACCGCCCACCCGAGUCUGGUGCUGUCUCCCUCGGGCCGCCGCGUGGAGUGUUCGGAUCAGAAGGCGCCGCCGGCCGGGGAGGACCCGUGCCAGUUCGACAAGGCCGUGGCGGUGGUGGCGCGCCAGCUGCUGUCCGACGGCGAGCACUACUGGGAGGUGGAGGUGGGCGACAAGCCGCGCUGGGCCCUCGGCGUGAUCGCGGCCCAGGCCAGCCGCCGCGGCCGGCUGCACGCGGUGCCCUCGCAAGGCCUCUGGCUGAUCGGGCUGCGGGACGGCAAGAUCCUGGAGGCGCACGUCGAGGCCAAAGAGCCGCGCGCCCUGCGCCCUGCGGAGAGGCGGCCGUCGCGAGUCGGGAUCUACCUGAGCUUUGCCGACGGAGUCCUCUCCUUUUACGAUGCCAGCGACGCCGACGCCCUCGAGCUGCUCUUUGCCUUCCACGAGCGCCUGCCCGGGCCCGUGUACCCCUUCUUCGACGUGUGCUGGCACGACAAGGGCAAAAACGCUCAGCCGCUGCUGCUCGUGGGGGCUGAUGGCGAGGAGGCCUGAGCCGCCCGCUGGGCUGGGGCGGGGGGCGGGGGUUGCGGGGGUCCUGCAGGCCUGGAAGGAGGCAGGGAGGGCAGGGGCUGUCGGGACUGAAGGCGGAGGGGGUUGGGGACUGGGGACUCUUCAGAGUUCUGAGAUGUUCGGGGUUGGAGGGGUUGGGGUGGGUGUGGGGAAGGGAGAUCUAAAGUCAGGUCCGCGAGGAAACCCCAGUUUGGGAACCAGGAAGCCCGAGGGUUCCAGGAAGAAACUGAAGUUGAGGGAAGGAGAGAAAAGGGUCAGGGGUCCGGCUGGGGUGGGGUGGGGGUUGGGGUGGUGGGAACUGAAGAUCUCUGGAGAGCAAAGAGCCCCUUUUCCCUCCUUCCUGGCGGCCUUGGGGUGUGUGUGUGGGGGGCCCAGAUUCACCACACAGAAAGAUCUUUCCCUUCAUGGUUCCACAAUUUAAGCGUGCAUCAAAGUCACUUUUUCAAAGCAUGUGACAGUGACUUGUUGAAGCCCAGUGUUGUGUUUCUGGUUCACUAGGUCUGGGCGCAGACCAAAAUUUUGCUUUCCUUACAAGUUCCUGGGGCUGUGCUGUUGCUGCAGGUUACAAGUGGGAUCACCUGGAAAACCCAGGACUUGGACCCUGGUCUGUUCAGUGAGCUCUCCAUUACACAGAGGUGGUUAUCAGUAGCUCUCAGCUCACAGGAAUAGAAAACCCACACUAUAUUCCUCUGGAGAUUCAACAGUCAUUGAAAAACUGCCAGAUACCAUGCUGAGUGAAUAAACUGGCCCCUAGCUAGUUCCUUUCGCCUCUGGAAUAUGAUUACUGAGUGUCUUGGACAUUGAAGUAAUCCCCCAAGCUGCCAACCCAGAGAAAGAGCCUGAUGCGGAUCCCAGCCUGGGCCCUGCUGCUUGUGGGGAAGAGAAGGCCUCCCCCACCAGCCCCGCUUCUCCUGGGUUGGCCCCUCGCUGCUUACUCACUGGUUCACACCUUCUUUGGUUUUAGUUCAAUGGCCCGUGUCUUGGGCCCUGGAGUUAGACCGAGGCCCAGAGUGACAGUUCCUCUUCCUUAGGGGAAGGCCUGUGGGGACUCAAGCCCGUGGGAGCGGAGCUGCUGUCCGAGAGGUGACGGUAGGGGCCGUUUGCUCUCUGUGCCAGCGUGCUGCUGCUGAUGUGUGAAAGGGCCUGGGAACCCCUGGAAACAGGUGCCAGUACAGGAAUUUUCUUGGGGGAUCGAGUGAAGGAAGGUGUGGGUAGAGUAAGAAAGGCCUCAAGGUCUGGCUGGGGGGACUCUCGGCUGUGCUCCCAGAGGAAUGGUUCUUGGACACUAAGGGUUAUUUGGUUGUAAAAUUCAGUAGCAUUAAUAGAGACGAUUAUAUUCAGAUUCCUUCCCCAUUAAAUCUUUGUGAAGAGACAAGUGACCUAUUGCUAGGCCUAAUAACCUCUUAUUGUCCACCUGGCUUUUAGUCUUGACCCAUCUCAUCUUAGCAAAACACAAAUGUGGGGGCACCUGGGUGGCUCAGUGGGUUAAAGCCUCUGCCUUUGGCUCAGGUCAUGAUCUCGGGGUCCUGGGAUUGAGCCCUUCAUCGGCCUCUCUGCUCAGCAGGGAACCUGCUUCCUCCUCUUUCUCUGCCUGCCUCUCUGCCUACUUGUGAUCUCUCUCUGUCAAAUAAAUAAAUAAAAUUAAAAAUAAAAACCCCACAAAUGUGGUGGUGGGAUCCGGUUGCUCAAAACUUUCAACAACUCCGUGUUCCCCUCUAAGAGAAAGCCCUAGAUCUUUGGCUCAGCAUUUGGGACACCCUGCUAUUCUCCAGCCACAUCUACACUCUGGCCCUACUGACCUCUCGGGGUCCGUGUCGCAACACCACAUUACUCUGUUAGGAUGUUUUUUUCUGUUUCCCUCUCAUCCCCCAGGAAUUUCCUGAAACACUAUUUCACACGAUUUCCCAUGCUCUCUAGACCCCAGCUCACCUUUACAAGGUGCAUUCCGAUGUCCUCGCUGUCACAGACUGGCAACGUCCAAGAACCCAAAGCCCCUUCCUGAAGAAUUAGGUGCUCUGAGAAACAGGUGUCAAGACAGCAUUAAAUGUCAAGGGUUCCCUCAUUAAAUGAGGGAAGAUGCCCCUGUGAGAGCAAACGGGGCGGUCAGACUGUGAUGUCAGUCUGACCCUGAGUGAAGGAGAGGGGGAGGGGAAUUUUGGAUGAAAGUGUCCUUGAUGGUUGUGGGGACUUCUCUUCAAGCUGCCUGUGCAGGAAGCCCUGCGUGUCCCAGUAUGGGCCUACCUUCGUGUCCCUGCCGUGUCUGGGUCAUUGCUGGGAGCUGGCUGUGGGAGCUAUGCUCAGCACAGGUGCGGGGAUGGAUUUCACGGCUCUUUAGCUGCUGCCCUCAGUCUUUGCUCCCCUUUGUUGGAGUUCUGUCAAGAAAAUUUCUUUUCACAGCUGCUACAGGUUCUUUCUACAUAAAAUUACCUUGGCUUGAGCUGUGUGCAUUGAGGGAAAUGACCCUGUGAUCUUGCCUAUGGCUGACUGAGUGAGAGAGGUGGGGUCCCUGAGACAAAGGCUUCCAGGGUGGGAUAUGUCUGUGGCAAACUUUGCCUAGUCAGAGUGUUCCUUGUUGGAUGUUGGCCACCUGAACAAUCCAGAAUCUUCCUGGUGAUGUAGGAAGGUGAAGUGGGAGCACAGAACUGGGUUAUUCCAUAACCCAUGCCUCCAAAGACCAGAGUCUUCUCCUUUAGUUCUUCCCCUUCAUGGAGACUCUAAGAACCCAGAACACUGGAUGUUGAGAAGUUUCCUGUACCUCCUGACUUCCUUGUGUACAGGAACAAACCGGCACCUACCAGAGCCAUGCUACACUGCAAAAACAAACAAACAAACAAACAAACAAACAAACAAAAAGACCCCCCAAAACCCUUUUUUAAAAUUUAUUUUUUAUUUUCAGCAUAACAGUAUUCAUUAUUUUUUCACCACACCCAGUGCUCCAUGCAAUCUGUGCCCUCUAUAAUACCCACCACCUGGUUCCCCCAACCUCCCACCCCCCGCCCCUUCAAAACCCUCAGAUUGUUUUUCAGAGUCCAUAGUCUCUCAUGGUUCACCUCCCCUUCCAAUUUCCCCCAACUCCCUUCUCAUCUCUAACUCCCCUUGUCCUCCAUGCUAUUUGUCAUGCUCCACAAAUAAGUGAAACCAUAUGAUAAUUGACUCUCUCUGCUUGACUUACUUCACUCAGCAUAAUCUCUUCCAGUCCCAUCCAUGUUGCUACAAAAGUUGGGUAUUCGUCCUUUCUGAUGGAGGCAUCAUACUCCAUAGUGUAUAUGGACCACAUCUUCCUUAUCCACUCGUCCGUUGAAGAGCAUCUUGGUUCUUUCCACAGUUUGUCGACCGUGGCCAUUGCUGCUAUAAACAUUGGGGUACAGAUGGCCCUUCUUUUCACGACAUCUGUAUCUUUGGGGUAAGUACCCAGGAGUGCAAUUGUAGGGUCAUAGGGAAGUUCUAUUUUUAAUUUCUUGAGGAAUCUCCACACUGUUCUCCAAAGAGGCUGCACCAACUUGCAUUCCCACCAACAGUGGAAGAGGGUUCCCCUUUCUCCACAUCCCCUCCAAUACAUGCUGUUUCCUGUCUUGCUAAUUUUGGCCAUUCUAACUGGUGUAAGGUGAUAUCUCAAUGUGGUUUUAAUUUGAAUCUCCCUGAUGGCUAGUGAUGAUGAACAUUUUUUCAUGUGUCUGAUAGCCAUUUGUGUGUCUUCAUUGGAGAAGUGUCUCUUCAUAUCUUCUGCCCAUUUUUUGAUAUGAUUGUCUGUUUUGUGUGUGUUGAGUUAGAGGAGUUCUUUAUAGAUCCUGGAUAUCAACCUUUUGUCUGUACAGUCAUUUGCAAAUAUCUUCUCCCAUUCUGUGGGUUGCCUCUUUGUUUUUUUGACUGUUUCCUUUGCUGUGCAGAAGCUUUUGAUUUUGAUGAAGUCCCAAAAGUUUAUUUUUGCUUUUGUUUCCUUUGACUUUGGAGACAUAUCUUGAAAGAAGUUGCUGUGGCUGAUAUCGAAGAGAUUACUGCCUGUGUUCUCCUCUAGGAUUCUGAUGGAUUCCUGUCUCACAUUGAGGUCUUUUAUCCAUUUUGAGUUUAUCUUUGUGUAUGGUGUAAGAGAAUGGUCGAGUUUCAUUCUUCUACAUAGAGCUGUCCAGUUUCCUCAGGACCAUUUAUUGAAGAGACUGUCUUUUUUCCAGUGUAUAUUUUUUCUUGUCCAAAACCCUUUUAUUGAGAGCUUGUUAUUUGAUAUUCCAUCUGAGAUCUCACAAUGACUAAGGUCCCUACUCUGCUUUUUAUUUUAAAAAAUAAUUAUUUGAGAGAGAGUGAGCGAGUUGCGGAGAGUCAGAGGCAGAGGGAGAAGUAGGCUCCCUGAUCACAAGGGUGAUCCCAGGACCCUGGGAUCAUGACCUGAGCUGAAGGUGGAUGCUUAACCUACUGAGCCACCCAGAUGCUCUGGUUCUGUUGCCUCUGUCCCUGAGGUUCAAAUAGCCUCUGGGAACAUGAUGGUAUAGCCAUGAAGGACCUGAAUCCAUUAGUGCAUGAUGCCUCUUGGAGUAUCAACUUUAUACUAAGAUUAUUAUUAUUCUUGAUGGUAGUGGUAGUGAAAAAGUUCUAUAAUUUAACCCAUAAGUAAACAUUGCAAACAGUUUCAUAUUAAAACAAACGUAUUAUGGAGUACAGAAUUGAUGAAAAUUUUUGAGAUCAAACAAGAGAUGUCCACAAACUUCUGCAUUUGUACUGGCGAUGUGGAUCUAGCCUUCUAGACCCUCAGGGAUAUGAAUUCCUAAAAUUAUUUUAAAAAAUUAAAAAAAAUGCACAAGUAUACUUAGAAUUUUUUUAUUAUGUGAUGUUAGUCACCAUACAGUAGAUCAUUAAUUUUUGAUGUAGUGUUCAGUGAUUCAUUGUUUGCAUGUAACACCCAGUGCUCCAUGAAAUCCAUGCCCUCCUUAAUAUCCAUCAGCCACAAUAGCCAAACUGUGGAAAUAGCUGAGAUACCCUUCAGCAGAUGAAUGGAUAAAGAAGAUGUGGUCCAUAUACACAAGGGGUAUUACUCAGUAUCAGAAAGGUGAAUACCCAACUUCUGCAUCAACAUGGAUGGGACUGGAGGAGAUUAUACUGGUGAAGUAAGUAAAGCAGAGAAAGUCAAUUGUCAUAUGGCUUCACUUACUUGUGGAACAUAAGGAAUAGCAUGGAAGACAUUAGGAGAAGGAAGGGAAAAAUGAAGGGGAGAACUCAGAGGGGGAGACAAAACAUGAGAGACUAUGGACUCUGGGAAACAAACUGAGGGUUUUAGAGGGGAGGGAUUGGGGGGAUGGGUGAGCCUGGUGAUGUACAAAUAUACUUAAUAAUACAUUACAGAUAAGAGGAAUGUUCUAUGACCAUGUUUCCCUCCCUCACCCAUUCCUAAUUUCUUCUUUUUCUUCUUCAUCAGAAAUAGUAUCUGUUGUCAGUUUGGGGAGUAGUUUGCUGGGACUUCCUGUACAUAUAUGUUCCACAGAAAAUACAUAGUAUUAUAUUUUUCUUUCUAUAUAAAUGAUAUCAUACUCUUCAUAAACAUGA